AUGGCAGGCCUCAAAACCAUCAUCGCUCUUUCCUUCGUGCUGGCCAUUGGCUUCCUGCUCGUCAUUCUCUCCUCAGCAUUAUGGCACAACUACCUGCCUCUGCUAGUCGUCGCGACCUACGUUAUCGCUCCCGUGCCUAAUUGGAUCUGCUCACGCGCUCAAUCCUCGGAUGACUUCAUGGACGGAGGCAGCAAUGCUGUCGUCGAGCUUGGUCGCUUCAUUACCGGUUUCCUGGUCGUCAUGGGUGUUGCUCUCCCCAUCGUCCUUGCUCACACCGGCAUGAUCAAUGUCCCUGCUGCCGCCAUGUCGAUAGCUGGUGGUCUCCUCAUCUACUCGACCAUCAUCAGCUUCUCGCUGUCCUUCCGUGAAGACGAAGAGUUCUAG